GUUUGCAGCCUCGGAGUCAAACUGAGAUGUAGCUCAGGUCCUGGAUUACACAGAGGAUCUGGGAGCUGGUGACUCUGGAGGAUGACUUUCGCCAUGAUGCGGCCUGCGGCGACGCACUUGAUCUACUCCGACUUCUCCCUCAUGUCCGAGGACGAGGAGAACCGCAGCGAGAGCGACGGCAGCUCGGAGCAGAGUUCCUGCGAGUCCGGGGAGAAGCGCCGGCGCCACGGGGGGCCGGAGGGAGACUCCCCGGUGGUCGUGAAGCAGAGGAGCGCGGCCAACGCCAGGGAGCGAGGCCGGACCCAGAGUGUGAACAGCGCCUUCACAGCCCUGAGGACCCUCAUCCCCACCGAGCCCGUGGACAGGAAGCUCUCCAAGAUCGAGACCCUGCGCCUGGCUUCGAGCUACAUCUCGCAUCUGGCCAACGUGCUCCUCAUCGGGGACGGAGGAGGAGCGGAGGGACAGCCGUGCCUCGGAGCCGUGCAUGUACAGGGGGAAAGCGGGUCGAAGCAGCCGAGGAGCAUCUGCACCUUCUGCCUGAGCCACCAGAGGAGAGGGAUUAAAGAUGGAAAAGACUGUUUGAAAAUGCGAGGACUGGGUCCACUGCGGAUGAGACGCUGA